AUGAUGAUGUUAAUUACGGAUCUGGACAUAGCGACUGGUUUGAUGGUGGCGAAGCUACUGUCGGUGAUAGAUCUGAACAUAAAAGUAGAAGAAAAAGAGAAUGAGGUGUUCGUAAAGGAGACGGAGGCGUUCGUGUUCGUGGAAAUAUUUGUUGCUGCUGGAGGUUUGAUACAAUUAAACCGUGGAGCUCCUCAGCCACUUCAAUUUGUUGUCCAAGCUGCAUUUUUAGCAACCCUAUAUGCCGAUUAUCUUGAUGCUGCCGGUAUACCAGGAUGGUAUUGUGGACUUAAUUUGUACACAACUCAAGUAAUGCAUGAUUUUGCCAAAACCCAGAUUGAUUAUAUCCUUGGAAAGAAUCCUCGCAAGAUGAGUUAUGUUGUUGGCUACGGACAGCUUUAUCCAAAACAUGUUCACCACAGGGCCGCAUCAAUUCCUAAGAAUAAAAUUAAAUAUACUUGUGAAGGAGGAUGGAAAUGGAGGGAUACUAAGAAGCCAGACCCUAACAAAAUCAUUGGAGCCAUGGUUGGUGGACCUGACAAGCAUGAUGGGUUUCGCGAUGUGCGUUCAAGAUACUAUUACACGGAGCCAACACUUGCAGGUAAUGAAGGUUUGGUUGCUGCACUGGUCGCUUUAUCAGGUAAAGGCAAAGCUGCGACUUCCAUUGACAUGAGCACGAUGUUCUCGAAAAUACCACCAAUGUUCCCUCCAUUGACAUGA